AUGCCACCCAAAGUUCCUGAUCAGAAAAGGAAAUGCGGCCGGCCACCAGGCGCGUCUAAGCCGAAGCCAGACGCGUCGAGCCACCAGGCGCCGGAGCAUGAUGCCGAGCCCGACGCCGAAGAACGCGCACGACCGAGAAAACGUGGUCGCAAGAGUAAGGCCGAAGAUACCAGCACAGAAUUGGCCCUCGCUCGGAGCGAUAAUGGCCCAGCGCAACCAUCCAGAGUUGGCCGGCCAUCCAAGAAGAGCCAGCAAAUCGCAGCGGCAGACGCCCAGCCUGAAAGCGAGCAACGAGAGAGGCGCGCCAAACCGGGCCAGAAUAUAGGGUCGAACGACAAGGCGGCGCCAAUAAAGAGCAAGCCUAAAGCGGCCUCGCACAGCGAGCCACGAGAAGAACAAACAGACAGCUCAGAGCGUGAACGAAGCGGAAGAGGGCGAAGACCUGGGACUUCAGCUGAGAUCUCUGACGCUGGGUCGCCAGAUCCACCAGAAGAUGCUCCGACAAAUAAGAGGAAGGCAUUGAAAGGGAAGGAGAAAGCAGUGGAAAGCGAAACCUCGACCAAAGAGGACGAACCAUCCGCUUCAACCCAAAGGCGCAGUGGGCGAGACCGGCGAACAAGGAAGACCGAUAGAAAUUCCAGCGAAAGUCCACAAAAUAGCGAGCAUGAGGUACAACCUACAACGGCCACGGCCAAUACCAAGUCUAAGACGCGGUCACAUGGAGCAAGACAAGAGGCGGCUGCUUCCGAGGCACAGGAACAUGAGCCAGUUGCGCAAGUAGGAAAGAAGCGCCGUGGGCGACCGUCUUUGAAUAAAGGCGAUACUGGGAUUGUGCAGGCUUUACAACCCCAACAGGGCAAUCGGGCAAAGGCACCAGGAAAUUCAUCCAAGGCAGACCGACCGCUAGCUGGGACUGAUACAAUAGAGGAACCACCACAACCGAAGCGUCGCGGCCGGCCUAGGCAAUCAGACAUCUCAUCACAAGGGGCCGAUCCAGAGCAGCCAUCUCGUCCACGCGGCAGGCCGCGGCGUCCCUCCCCCGAAGCCGGGAACGAGCAAGAACAAGGGCAGCCGCCUGCCAAAAACAAGCGAAAACAGCAACAGCCUCGCCAAAUGGAGCCUGUCGUCGAGGAAGAGGAAGAAGACGCAGGCUCAGACGAGGAAGAACAGGAGUUCCCAUUUCGGUAUCUCAAGGAGAGUACAAAGAAUAUCCCACGGUCUGUCAUAGCCGAGAAGUGGAACGCCUUGGACGGGCCAUCUAUCAACACAGUCUCGACCUUCCUCGCCGACGCGCAGCGACCAGUCCUGCUGCGCCUCCAGGACACCAACCGGCGACGCGAGCAUGCGUCGACCGCGCUGCUGGAUAUUUCCCGGCGACUACGCACAAAGCUAGUGAGGGGCUUGCCCUUCCCAGCCCCUACGACCGGUCCUGCCCGACGGGCCGCGGCCGGCAGCUACGAGGACGAGUUCGAUUUCGAACGCGCCAUGAAUGCCGUCCAGAGCCUCGAGAACACCCUCAACCCGCUGCUGCACUCAGUCAGCCUGCUGGAAAGGGAAAUCAAGAAGGAGGAAGACGCUCUGGCCAAGGACUACGACUCUCUUCACAAGCUGGAGGCCAACGCGAGGUCCGAAGCGAAGGGCUGGCGCGAGAAGGCAAAGCGGGAGCAUGUGCUUGCCCCUGGUAUCAGGAGGAAGGGCGACAGUGGCGAUUUUGAUGGUGACGGAGACCGUCUAGAGCUAGUUGCAAGGCCUGAGGAAGCUCCUCUGGGCGGGCUCUUCAAAGACCUGGAUGACGAGGAGCUGAUCACUCUGUCGAAGCAGAUCGGGAGCCAUAUGGAGAGCAUGCAGAGCAACCUACAACAGACUGAUGGUGUUGUCCCUGCAAUCAGCAGGAGCAAGGCUGCACUACAGCAGGUGGUGCUGAAGUAUCUGGACGAAGACCAGUACGAUAAGGUGUUGCUCGGAUAG